AUGUCUUCUCAAAGUCUCGUCAACAAGGUUACUAUAGUCACUGGUGCUUCUCGAGGUAUUGGCGCAGCCAUCGCUCGUGAGCUUUCCAAUCGAGGUGCUCGGGUCGUGAUCAACUACCCAACCCCCGCUGAAAAGGAAGAGGCAGAGGCUGUCAGAAAGAGCCUUGCCUCACCAGAGAAUGCCACUAUUGCCGAGGCAGACCUGUCAACCCGCGAGGGGCCAGGGUUGCUCGCUGCAGCCGCCGCCAAAGCACAUGGCAAUCGUAUCGAUAUCCUUGUCAACAACGCAGCGAUCGGUCCUAUGAUUCCAUUCGACUCUCCCGACGAUGAAGCCUUAAGCGCAGCAUGGGACAAGACAAUCAACCUCAACUGCCGAGGAACGUAUUUCCUCACCCGCGCCGUGCUGCCGUAUCUUACCAAGACAAACUCACGCAUCAUCAACAUCACAUCCGACAAUGCUCGAGAUCCCCAGCACAACUCAAGCAUCUAUGCUGGCACAAAGGGAAUGAUCGAAACCCUUACACGCUCCUGGGCCCGGGACCUGCCACGCAAGUACGGAUGCACUGUUAAUAGUGUCGCACCGGGACCAACGUCUACAGAGGCGAUGAAGAUCUUCCCGAAAGAGUUCCAUGAGAAGCUACAGCCGGUUUUGAACAGGAUGCCGAUUGCUUCUCGGAUGGGCACACCGGAGGAGGUGGCUUGGGUGGUUGCCAUGCUGGCCGAGGAGGGUGCAUCAUGGGUGAAUGGGCAGAUUGUGUCUGUUAGUGGGGGCUCUGUUUUGUCUUGA